GGCGAUCCCUUAAGCGGCGUCCUCCUCGGCCACUCUGCGAUCGAGCCCCGGCGGCGCGGGGCGGGACCGAGCAGGGGGACGAGACAAGGGGGGGAAGCUGAGAGGAAUUCGGUAAUGGCGACGGGUUCGUCAGAUACUUUGGAACAUCCUAACAUGGUGUGGGAAGUGAAGACGAAUCAGAUGCCUAACGCAGUUCAGAAGCUGCUCUUGGUAGUGGACAAGAGAACUUCAGGGAUGAAUGAGUCACUGGAGUUGCUGAAGUGUAAUGAAAACCUGCCCUCUUCUCCUGGAUAUGCGUCUUGUGAUGAGCACAUGGAGCUUGAUGAUCUUCCUGAACUACAGGCUGUGCAGACAGACUCUGCCCCAUCUGCGCUUUUUCAGCUUGGCACCGAUGUUUCGCAUCAGGAAUGUUCAAGGCCUUCGUGGAACCAACAUACCUCAAACAGCAAUUCAGAAAGUGCUCAUUCUUGUGACAAUGGGGUCAACUGGCUGACAGAACUAGCAAACAUCGCCACAAGUCCUCAGAGCCCUCUGAUGCAGUGCUCUUUUUAUAACAGAUCAUCUCCUGUUCACAUUAUAGCUACAAGCAAAAGUUUACAUUCCUAUGCACGUCCUCCACCGGGUUCCUCAAAGAGUGAUCCCAACUUCUCCAAGAGUGAUUUGGAUGAAACACCGGUCAGACAUGAAAGGACAAAUAGCGAAUCGGAGUCUGGUAUUUUCUGCAUGUCGUCGCUUUCAGAUGAUGAUGAUCUGGGAUGGUGCCAUUCUUGGCCCUCAACUGUUUGGCACUGCUUUCUAAAAGGUUCUCGUUUGUGCUUUCAUAAAGGGCGCAAUAAGGAAUGGCAGGACAUUGAAGAUUUUGCGAGAUCUGAAGGCUGUGGAAAAGAAGAAAAUCUCUCAGUGAGUGCUUACAAGGGCUAUGGCUCCGAUGGUUUGAAGCUCAUUUCUCAUGAGGAAAGCAUUUCCUUUGGUGAGUCAGUGCUGAAGUUGACUUUUGAUCCUGGCACAGUGGAGGAUGGCCUGCUCACAGUAGAGUGCAGACUUGAUCACCCUUUUUAUGUUAAAAAUAAAGGUUGGUCAUCUUUUUAUCCAAGCUUGACUGUGGUACAGCAUGGCAUUCCAUGCUGUGAAAUGCAUCUUGGAGAUCUGUGUCUACCUCCUGGACACCCUGAUGCCAUUAACUUUGAUGAUUCAGGUGUUUUUGAUACAUUUAAAAGUUACGACUUCACACCGCUGGACUCCUCAGCAGUGUAUGUGCUCAGCAGCAUGGCUCGCCAGCGUCGCGCUUCUCUGUCGUGCGGAGGAUCAAACAAUCAAGAUGCCGAAAGAUCAGAAUGCAGUACUAAAAACUGUGCAGCUACUGCAGCAUCGCAUCUUUCCUCCACUGCUUUGUGCAGCAAAGCUGGCAAAAGCCACGGCUCAGGGACUGCAAGUACUGUGAGUGCCACUUCUCCAAACAAGUGCAAAAGACCAAUGAAUGCCUUCAUGCUUUUUGCCAAAAAAUACAGAGUUGAAUAUACUCAGAUGUAUCCAGGGAAGGACAACAGAGCCAUAAGCGUGAUACUUGGUGACAGGUGGAAGAAGAUGAAGAAUGAGGAGAGGCGGAUGUACACGCUAGAAGCCAAGGCCUUGGCAGAAGAACAGAAGCGUUUAAAUCCUGAUUGUUGGAAACGAAAACGAACAAAUUCUGGCUCACAACAGCACUAAGCCAGGAUUCUGCCCACAACGAUGACAAAAUGGCUGUUGCUUGAUGGCAAGAAGAUGUUGAGAUCAAGAUCUAUUUGUUGUGAAUUUGUGUGACCAUAAAAUGCUGGCACCAUCAAGUCAGAAACGAUGUAAUAGGAGUGCGGAUUGCUUUUUACAAUAGAACAUUAAGUAAGCUAAAACUAUCAACAUUUUAAACCAAAUUGCCUUAUUUCUCUUCCAAACUUCAUAUAUGUAUCAGGUAAUAUAGGCUUGAAAAUGGAUAUCCUGUGGUGCUAAAGUACUUCAGAAAGAGGCGAAGGAGAUGUGUAUAAAUGUUUAUUUUUAAAAGAAAAUGUACAAAAAGGGGAAUUUUAAAAUAUGUAACAGCUGUUUAUAUACAUCGAUUCUUAUUGCUGAUUUAUAUGUAUUGCACAACCAUAUUAUUAAUUACGAUUCUGGGGGCUGGGAUUUUAUGAAAUGGCAAGCAGUGUAUUACCAGUAGCCUCCCAGUCUGCCCAGAUGCCAACAAGUUGGCAGGACAUGUGGGAAGUGGAGAGCACAGUGAGCUGUAGCACGGGAGCUGCUUCUUGGGUCGCCACCUAUCGCAUCUGUAUCCGCAGUGAGAUGUUCGCACCAGCUGGCAGUAGCAGAGCCCUCACUUCCACCAGAACCAAGGGCUUGGGCCAGGGCAAAACGAAUAAACAACAUUAUCUCAAGAAAAAAUGGUGCUGUUGACGUCGUCACCGAGUAGUUUUAACUUUGUGUUUGGUCUUUGCCACAUAUUCUGCAAUAUUUUAUUUCGCCAUAAGACCUCUUUAUGGUGGGGGCAAACUUUGCACUUAACUAUACGUGCAACACUUGCACUUUACUUUUUUUUCCUCCUCCAACUGUCUGACUUAGAGCGGCUGCAGUAGGAUGACAAUUGCUUCUGCUGUGAACUACAAUCAUGGCUUUUCAUGUACUAAACAGCUGUGUGUUUCUUUUUUUUUUUUUUUUUUUUAAGAAUCACAACUGUAAAUUUCAGUUUGACACGUCUACGUGAUGUUGCCCCUAAGAUUUUUGCACACUAUAUUCUUGUAUAUUAUUUCAAAUAAAUUCAUUAAAAUUU